UCUCAACUAAGUGAUACUACACCUUCUACAAAAACCACUCCUUCUCAACUAAAUAAUAUUGCAUCUUCUACCAAAACCACUCCUUCUCAACUAAAUAAUAUUGCGCCUUCUACAAAAACUACUUCUUCUCAACUAAGUGAUGCUGCAUCUUCUACAGAAAAUUAUAUUUCCAAGAUAAACAAGAUGUUAAAUGUUUCUGCAAUGUUAUAUCCUAAGCCAAGUGAAGAAAGCUCCCGACCAGGAAAUACCUCUUUACAGAUCACAAGAAAUCCAAAAAAACAGAAGAAAUUAGAUGAAAUAGUUGAGCAAAGAAAUGGUUCUAAAGUAGGCUCAAAUCUAAAUACUUCAACAUCGACACACACCCCUCCAAAAACGGGAGUGAAAAAAGAAAAAUCCACAUCAAAGGAAAGUAUAACUUUUGAUAUUUUUGUACCCAAAACACCCAAUGAAUAUUUAGGAACUAGUCUUCUAAAGGCACUAAAUGAUAUUAAAAAAUCUCCUGCAAAUCCGCAAGACAGCCAUUAUUCGGGUUAUUUAGUUCGCGUAAGAAGAAAUUUAGAUCUUCAAAAAUCUGUUAAAUAUAAAGCCCAAGAAGACUCUGAACAGGAAAUAGUCGAAAAGUGUGUAGAAGUUCUUAAAAAGAUAAUGAACGCCAUAAAGACUCUAUGUGCAUCUAUAGACAGAAACUAUUCAAACGACAAUAUCAUUAUGGAUAGUGACUUGUCAAAUUAUAAUAAUUUAGACUAUCUGAUUCCAGAGCUUGCAGCCAAGAACUUAAAACUCAAAAACCAGCUAAAGAUAGAAGAAUCAAAGCAAAAGUAUUUAGAAAUGUAUUCCUAUUAG